CCAAAUCUAACAACCUGAAUAAGAUUUGGCUUUCUUGUGGCCUUUUCUUGUCUUGUUUUAACAGGUGCUCUGUUUUUUUUUCUCUCUAACGAUUCGCCGAUCUCUUCAGUUUCCAUUUACAAUUUCAUCUCAAUUCCCACUGUUCUAUUCAAAAUUCUUAAGGAAUCAAAUGGCGGCUUCUCUCCGACUCUCCAUCAACAACCAGCUAGAAGUUCUAUAAUUACAUUAACCCUUACAAAUUACUCCAAGAUUCUUCAAAUUAUUGGCUUUUGAAUCUAAAUCCGUUCUUCUUGAGGUUAGGAAGUAACCCAUUUGGUUUCCCCAUAAUAUCUAUAUUGGGUUAUUAUCAGAAGUUUGAAUCUUUCAGUUUUUGGAUUGAAUCAGUAUUUUAGUCAGUUUGUUCCUUUAAAUUGCAUUGCUGACUCUUUUGAAACUUAUUUUGAUUGAUAUAUUCAUGCUCAGAGGUUCUUUAUUAUGUAAAAUUGUGAUCUUGGUACAGUUUAGAUAGCCAAUUUUUGUAGUGUGGAAGUGACUUUGGUUGAUCCUUGGCAGCAUGGUUGAUUGGGAUAAUGACUACUUUUAACAGGAGUAAGUCAUUCAACCAGAAAUCACUAGGUGUUGUUGGUAGUCCAAAAUCUUUAAGUUUCGAAAGCCCGAGAGUGAAUAGGUCAAGCUCGAUCACGCGUUGGUUUACUGUGAUUGUCGUGAUCGGGUCUUUGCUUACGUUUUUCAUAGCCAUUGCAGGGGGUUAUAUGAAUGUGCUCCCAAGCCUUAGUCAAGCCUUUCAUGGAUCUGGCAUAUUUGAAUCUAAUGAAUCGAUAGGACAUUGCAACGUUUUCUCCGGAAAGUGGGUGUUGGAUGAUGGUUACCCUUUGUACAAUGCUUCAGAUUGUCCUUUUGUAGAACAAGGAUUUGACUGCUUGGAAAAUGGGAGAAAAGAUAAAGAAUAUCUUAAAUGGAGAUGGAAACCGAAAAAUUGUGAUAUUCCGAGGUUCAAUGUUCAUGAUAUAUUGCAAAGGCUUCAAAAUAAAAGGGUAGUGUUUGUUGGAGAUUCUAUGAGCAGAACACAAUGGGAAUCCUUAAUAUGUUUGCUCAUGACGGGGUUAGAGGAUAAGAAAAGUGUUUAUGAAGUCAAUGGGAAUAAGAUAACAAAACGGAUUAGAUUUUUAAGUGUUCGGUUUACAUCCUUUAAUUUCACUAUUGAUUUCUUUCGAUCUGUUUUCUUGGUGCAACAUCGUUGGAUGCCUAGAAAUGCUCCCAAGCGGGUUAGGUCGACGCUUAGAUUGGAUAAGAUUGAUGAUAUUAGCAGUGAGUGGGUUAAUUCAGAUGUUCUCAUAUUCAACACAGGACAAUGGUGGGUGCCUGGGAAGCUUUUCGAAACGGGCUGCUAUUUUCAGGUUGGGGAUUCAGUGAAGCUUGGAAUGCCAAUUCCAGCUGCCUUCAGAAUAGCUCUGGAAACUUGGGCAUUAUGGGUGCAGAGCACAAUUGACUCGAAUAGAACACGGAUCUUCUUUAGGACUUUUGAGCCAUCUCAUUGGAGUAAUCAAUCCCACAGGUUUUGCAACGUGACUGCGCACCCGUUGUCGGAAAUAGGAGGGAGAGACAAGAGCAUAUUUUCAGACACCAUCCGGGAAGUGGUAAAAAAUGUGAAAGCUCCUGUAACUGUCCUUCAUGUAACUACCAUGUCAGCUUUCAGGAGUGAUGCCCAUGUUGGCCAGUGGAACGACAACUUACCUGUACCUGAUUGUAGCCAUUGGUGUUUACCUGGAGUACCUGAUAUGUGGAAUGAAAUUUUGCUCUCUUUUUUGCUUUAACAAGGAUGAUCACAGAUUGAGACACUUGCCUGUUGAAUACCGGUUGAUAGCAGCGCCAGAAGCUACUUUAACGAUUGGAUGUUUAACGAAGAUUACAAUAUUAAUUUGGUAUGGCUCCUGAGAUUGUAUGCAACUUUCCUGAAGAGAAGUCUAGUUUCCCUGCUUUUAAAAGAAAGAUGUAGGGUUACAUAGAAACUGCAGUUUUGUAACACAACAUAUUCGUUUCAUUCUUUAAGCUACGCAUUACAAUUUUGUCCA